AUGGAGAAAGUGACAUUUCAGGCUGAAAUUACUAGACACCUCCAGGAAGUAGAGAAGGUAAAAGAAACCCAGGGAGAAGAACUGCCCUCAGACCAGUGUGUUAAUAAACCUUGGAGCAACCAUGAGAUUAGGAGUUUCCUACAAGAAUGGGAACUCCUUGAAGAUGAAGAGUUAAAGAAGAAUUAUCACAUAGCAUCAAGAAUAAUUGCCAGGCAUCUCAAGCAAACGGGCAUAAAUAAGAGCAGGAGAAAAUGUCUCCAGAUGCUAAUAAACAUGCAGGACUUAUAUUGGACCGUUCAUGAAGCCAACCAGAGACCAAGGAGUGAACCCUUGCCAUGUCCUUAUGGAGAGGCCCUUCACAGGAUCCUAGAACACAGAGGGGAGAACAAGGACUUCUCAGAAGUGGCUGAUGUCCCACCACCCGAGUACCAGCCCCCUGCGUGUGCCAUCCCUGAUUGCUUUGAGGAGCUGCUGUGGGCUCCCCCACAUAUGAUCUACAUAGAGGAUCCUCAGGUACCCAGAUGGGAGCCCUGGAACAUGUACCUUCCACAGUCAAGUCCAUGCCUGUUUCCUGCAUUUCUCCCCCUACACCCUGGCCCCCAGCAACAGUGGUCAACUCUCUCUGACACUGAGUCAGAUUGA